CACACAAAAAAAGCCAGUCUCGACUCGUUUAGUAUUUCUUUUUCCCUCUCCCUUUCUCACUCUACAACGUUUGCACUCAGCUCAGAUUCGCAAAGUUAGAGAAGAGAGAGAAAGCUCCUGGAAGUGAGAGAGAGAGAGACGCCAAUUUUAGUUCCCAAUGUUAGGGUUUUGAAGGUCCGAUUUCAGCUUUCUCCUUCUUCUCGCCAUGGAAUUCAAGAAGGAAAAGCUUGUCAGGUUUCAUUCAGAUGGGAAACAGCAUAAUGAAUCUUUAUGGGGGCAACAUGAACCAAUGUGGCUCAAAAGGUCAUCAUCUGCGUAUAAGGUUUCAUCAGCUUCAUUACUGAAAGCAGAUGGUGGACUUGGGGGCAAAAAUAGAUUUACUGAAACUUUCAGAAUUGGGAGGUCCAAGGUGUUUCCAGACGAUCAGGAACCUUGGCGCAAAAGAAUUCUUGACCCAGGUAGUGAGAUAGUGUUGCAAUGGAACUGGGUUUUCAUUGUCUCAUGUUUAGUGGCGCUUUUUGUUGAUCCAUUGUAUUUUUACUUGCCCAUGGUGGAAGCAAAUGAAAAGUCAUCAUGUGUGAAGACAGACUUGAAUUUGCGAAUUGUUGUGACUUGUUUUAGGACUCUUGCGGAUAUUUUUUAUUUUUUGCACAUGAUUAUAAAGUUCAGGACGGCUUAUGUUGCACCUAACACUCGAGUAUUUGGGAGGGGCGAGCUUGUAAUGGAUCCAAAGAAGAUUGCCCGGAGGUACAUUAGAUCUGAUUUCUUUAUUGAUCUAAUUGCAACAUUGCCUCUUCCUCAGAUAGUCAUAUGGUUUAUCAUACCAGCAACAAGAAGUUCGCGAACUGAUCAUAAAAACAAUGCCCUUGCAUUAAUUGUUCUGCUCCAAUACAUCCCCAGAUUGUAUCUGAUUUUUCCUUUAAGCUCACAAAUAAUAAAAGCAACUGGAGUUGUCACGAAGACAGCCUGGGCAGGCGCUGCAUAUAAUCUAUUGUUAUACAUGUUGGCUAGUCAUGUUUUAGGGGCGGCAUGGUAUUUGCUUUCAAUUGAUCGGUAUACCUCAUGCUGGAAAUCCAUCUGUAGAAAGGAAUUUAAUCCCGCAAGAUGCAGUUUAAGUUACUUAGAUUGCAAUUCCUUCAACUAUAAAGAUCGCAUGACUUGGGCAAAUACUACACAUGUGUUUGAGAAAUGUAAUCCUGAAAAAGAAAUCCAGUUCAAGUAUGGCAUCUUUGAAAAUGCAGUGGCAAAAAGUGUUGUUUCCUCAAAUUUCAUUGAAAAGUAUUUCUAUUGUUUAUGGUGGGGCUUACAGAAUCUGAGUUCAUAUGGCCAGAAUUUGGAGACAAGUACAUUUAUUGGAGAGACGUUAUUUGCCAUCCUCAUUGCCAUUUUGGGUCUUGUAUUAUUCUCCCAUUUGAUUGGGAAUAUGCAGACAUAUUUACAAUCAAUCACUGUGAGGCUUGAGGAGUGGCGGCUUAAGCGAAGAGAUACUGAGGAGUGGAUGAGGCAUCGCCAACUCCCUGAAGAUUUGAAGCAGCGUGUUCGGCGUUUUGUUCAAUACAAAUGGCUUGCAACUCGUGGGGUUGAUGAAGAAUCUAUCCUUCGUGGUUUACCUGCUGAUCUCCGCCGUGAUAUACAGCGGCAUCUAUGUCUAGAUUUAGUUCGACGGGUGCCGUUCUUUUCCCAAAUGGAUGAUCAACUGCUUGAUGCAAUAUGUGAGCGGCUUGUAUCCUCACUAAGCACCGCAGACACCUACAUUGUUCGUGAGGGUGACCCUGUAACUGAGAUGCUUUUCAUUAUCAGAGGUACGCUCGAUAGCUCUACCACUAAUGGAGGUCGAACUGGUUUCUUCAAUUCAAUUACAUUAAGACCGGGAGAUUUUUGUGGGGAGGAGCUGCUUUCCUGGGCUUUGCUUCCAAAGUCCACUGUCAACUUACCUUCUUCAACUAGGACAGUUAAGGCACUAAUUGAGGUUGAAGCUUUUGCACUGCGAGCUGAGGAUCUCAAAUUCGUUGCUAACCAAUUUAGGCGACUACACAGCAAGAAACUGCAGCACACAUUUCGCUUUUACUCCCAUCAUUGGAGGACGUGGGCAGCCUGCUUCGUACAGGCUGCUUGGCGUCGGUACAAGAAAAGGAAGAUGGCAAAGGAUCUAAGCACGAAGGAAUCAUUUGCUUUGGAGGAGCAAGUAGCCUACGAGACUGAGCAAGAGGAAGAAGAAGAGCGUUAUUCUGGGGGUUCAAAUUCUUCUCAGGCAAAAUUGAAUCUUGGUGUCACAAUACUCGCCUCACGGUUUGCUGCUAACACUAGGAGAGGAGCUCAGAAGAUUAAGGAUGAAAUGCUGAAGUUACGAAAACCCGAUGAACCGGACUUUUCCACUGAACCUGAUGAUGAAUAGUUGCUUGAUUCAACAUAAAAGUGCAUAGUAAGCUACAGAUUUAUGUGCUAAGAUUUACACUCAUUUCAUUACACAUCAUAAUAGAUUCAUGCCUGUCUCAUGUCGCAAAUCUCACACGAAUGCCUUGCAAUUGGGUUGGAGAGACCGUUUUGGUGGUCUCUUGUCCGAAAAAGUUGCACUAAGUCUCUUGUUUGAUACAUGAUUUUUCCAUAGUUGUCAGAAUAGGCAUGGCUGAUGGUUCUGAGUUGUCUUCAACAUUUGAAGACUUGGUUCUUAAAGUCUUCUUGCUAAAUCUGUAAAAGUGUUUCUCAAGCUUGCAUCUCUUACAUCCAAUGAAUCUCUUAAGCAUAUGUAGAUCAUGCAUAAUCUAAUAAAGGGUUGUUUGGUUGGAAG